AUGCUUUUGCUACCCGGCGUGAUCAACGUCGUUCUCGUGUUGGCGAGCUUUUGCGUGGCAGCCUCUGAUAUAUAUCCUCCCCAACCGCUCGACUUGACAACCCCCGUCCAGCAACGCAUCGCCAUCUUCGGUCCAAAUAAAAUAUCCGUCGGUUGGAACACUUAUCAGCACCUGAGCAGGCCCUGCGUUCAGUACGGCCUGGCAAGCGACGCUCUCAUCCAGAAAGCUUGCUCAAACGCUUCCGAGACGUAUUCAACAUGCCGCACGUGGUUCAACACUGUUGUCAUGGAUGGGCUGACGCCUGCCGCCACUUAUUAUUACAAGAUUGUGUCCACCAACUCCAGCAUCCAUCACUUUGUGAGCCCUAGGGAAUCUGGCGACGCGACCCCCUUCGCCAUGGACGUCGUGAUUGACCUGGGUGUCUAUGGAACCGACGGCUUCACCACCAGCAAGAGAGACGCCAUUCCCAAGAUCGAACCGGCGCUCAACCACUCCACCAUUGGCAGACUCGCCGACACCACUGACGACUAUGAGCUCAUCAUACACCCCGGUGACUUUGCCUACGCCGACAACUGGUACGACAAGCACCAAAAUCGCCAUCACGGCGAGGCGGCCUACCAGUCCAUUCUGGAGCAGUUUUACCAGCAGCUGGCUCCAAUUGCCGGACGCAAGGCGUACAUGGCUAGUCCCGGCAACCACGAAGCAACCUGCGACAUAACCCACCACGUCAGAGACGACUGUCCCUCCGGCCAGACCAACUUCACCGACUUCAUGCACCGGUUCGGCGCGACUCUACCCACAGCUUUCCCGUCCUCUUCGUCCAACGCCACGGCGAUGGCAAGGUCCCUGGCAGCGCAGAAGCUUGCGCGGCCGCCGUUCUGGUACUCGUUUGAAUACGGCAUGGCCCACAUCGUCAUGAUUGACACCGAGACAGACUUCCCCAAGGCCCCCGACGGCAUUGGCGGUUCGACCGGCGACGACGGCGGCCCGUUUGGCUCGCCAAGUCAGCAGACCGACUUUAUCGAGGCGGACCUCGCGUCGGUCGACCGCACAGUCACGCCCUGGUUAGUCGUCGCAGGACACCGGCCCUGGUACAAGACAGGCGGAGGCGAAGCCUGCAGGCCCUGCCAGAAGGCCUUCGAGCCACUGCUCUACAGGUACGGCGUCGACCUCGCCGUGUUCGGCCACGUGCAUAACUCGCAGCGCCUUGUGCCCAUCCACAACGGCACCCCCGACCCGAAUGGCAUGAGAGAUCCAAAGGCGCCCAUGUACAUCGUAGCGGGUGGCGCGGGAAACAUCGAAGGCCUACGCCCAAUAGGCAAGAACGUCUCGUACAAUGCAUUUGCGUACGCCGACGACUUUAGUUUCGCAAAGGUGUCGUUCAAAGACAGGCGUCAUCUGCAGGUCGACUUUAUUCGGUCCAGGACCGGGGAAGUCCUCGACACGAGCGUCUUGUACAAGGAGCACGCGGAGCAAUUUACUGUGUUGGACGGCAUGCCUCGGUCGGGGUCGGUGGGCAGCAGGGCCAUGGCACGGCUGGAGAUUGUUGCAUUGGCCGCGCUUGGAAUUGUGAUUCUGUGA